CUCCUCCCGCUCGGGGUCCGCGCCUGCGGGCCGGGCAGCAUGGGCGCGGGCGGCCCGCUGCUGCUGUGCGCCUCGCUGCUGCUGGCGGGCUGCGCGCUGGGCCUGCGCCUGGGCCGCGGUCGGGGCGCGGCGGACCGCGCGGUGCUCGCCUGGCUCUGCUACGACGCCCUGGUGCACUUGGCCCUGGAAGGCCCUUUUGUCUACUUGUCGUUUGCAGGAAGCGUUGCGGAUUCCGAAGGCUUGAUUGCUUCCUUGUGGAAAGAAUAUGGCAAAGCCGACGCGAGAUGGCUCUAUUUCGACCCGACCAUCGUAUCCUUGGAAGUUCUGACUGUUGUCCUGGAUGGGUCCCUGGCCUUGGUCCUCGUUUAUGCCAUAGUCACAGAGAAGUAUUACCGGCACUUCAUACAGGUGACGCUGUGUGUGUGUGAGUUGUACGGCGGCUGGAUGACCUUUGUCCCAGACUGGCUCGUGGGAAGCCCCAACCUCAACACCGACGACUGGCUCUACUUUGGGGUCUACCUGGUAUUUUUCAACAGCGUGUGGGUUCUGAUCCCAGGACUGUUACUGUGUCAGUCGUGGGUGGAACUCAAGACGAUGCAUUACGGCCGGAGCGGCUCACGGAAGAAGCUGCAGUGACGCCUCCAAGUCGCAGCGCUGCUGUCCUCGGGGAGCCGGGGAGCCCCGGCGGGUCAGGCCCCGCGUGUGGCGGCCCAGCGCUCCGCGAGCCGUCGCCUCCCACGCCUGCUCCUAAACGGCCUGUUUCCAAUUGAUCGGUCGGUGGCAAGUUUUUGUUAUUGUUUUUGUUCUUAUUUCAAUUCAGUGACAGUGCGGGGAACAGAGAAUCCGUUUUAGCUUGUAAUAGUAGUAGCCCAUUUCCUUCCGUGCUCUGAGGCUAGCUCGAGUCGUCCACAGCAGUAAAGCCAACUAUCAGAAAAUACCGUAGAGCCUGCUAAUUUCUUAUUCAAGAACAUACUCUCGUCUCACCUGUGAACCCUCUCACGGGUCUUUCGGUUGCCAGAGUGAAGCCGGAGAUGAAAUGGACGCUUCUGGUUUAUUUCUGUACUUGGUCAAAUUGUGAAGCCCACGGAUGCGACGGUCGUCGAACCCGGGAUGGCCAGCUCCCCGCGGGCGGCGGGCUUCCGUCUGCCCCGGUCCGGAGCGGGACACUGAGGAAUGCGCGCACAGUGGUGGCAAGACGUAAAUGGGGAGCAAGGAACACCGGGGGAGUAAGAGUGACAGAGUAAGGUGACGGGAUGCCUGGGUGGCUCAGCGGUUAAAGCGCCUGCCUUUGGCUCGGGGCGUGAUCCUGGAGUCCCGGGAUCGAGUCCCGCGUCGGGCUCCCGGCAUGGAACCUGCUUCUUCCUCUGCCUGUGUCUCUGCCUCUCUCUGUGUGUCUCUCAUGAAUAAAAAUAAUCUUAAAAAAAAAAAAAAGAGUAACGUGACAAUGUGGUGGGGAAGUGGCAGCUGCCGGGCACACCCCUGGCACUUCCCUGCAGUGCGGGAGGGAUGGCGAGCAUCCGGUGUUGGAGGACCUCCGUGAGCACGUGGUGUUGCACGACUUCGGUGACCAUGCGGUGUUGCACGACAUCCAUGAGUGUGGGGUGUUGCACGACUUCAGUGACCACGCAGUGUUGCAUGACAUCC